AUGGGCAAUGCGGCCACCGGAUUCUUUGUGAUGUUCGCUUUAAUUGCCGGAGUUGCUGGAGCUGCCUCGGUUAUAGCUGGCACCAGUCAUUUACAGUCAUGGACUACGGCGAGUCUUCCGGCAGCUGUCUCUGCAGCUACCAUUGCUUGGUCGCUCACACUUUUAGCCAUGGGAUUCAGGUGCAAGGAAAUUGAACUUGGAAUGAGAAAUGCUCGUCUAAGAACAAUGGAGGCAUUUUUAAUAAUACUUUCGGCUACUCAGCUUCUCUAUAUUGCUGCCAUAUAUGGAGUUAGAAAAUAA